AAGAAAAACAGGGGUAGUAGUGCCGGACGGUUCUCGUUGUCGAUGUCGUCGCGUAUCAUCGCGCUUCGUGCACGUUCGUCGCUCGCGCCACACUCGAGAACGCGUCGUCGUCGUCGUCGUCGCGAGAAAGCCGCCCCUUCGCACGGUGCACGGUGCGACACUCGACAGUCGUCUCGACGCCACGAACGAGCGCGCUUCUUCUUCUUCUUUGCUGCCGCUUCCUCCUACAAUUCUUCUAGAUUUUGUUCUUCCACUGCAACAGCCGUCGCGCAAGAAUCGUCGCAAGAAUCGCCGACAAGGUGUCAUUCCAUUUUGAGUCAACGGUCGAGCAUAGAUAACAACAGAAGGAAAAACAGAAGUUCUAGUAGUAUUAGCGGAAACAACGCAUUGCCCAAAGUCUAUCGUGUCGCGUUUUCAUAUUUAAUUUUUAUUUGAUACUUUAUUCUUCUUAUUCUUAUUCUUCUUUAUUGCGUGACACACGCGCGCGUGUCGAUGCUCUCCCACUAUUACUACUACUACUACUACUACUACUACACUACUACAAUUAUCACCACCACCAUCUCCAGCUGCCACCGUUGGAAGCUCGUUGCCGCGGCAGGAGGCAGCACAGCUCUACGCAGAACACCCUUCUACACGGUGGAAUUUAAGGUUAUAAUCUCGACGCGUUUUACCCUUACGCGUUGAUACGUCCAUCUCGUCGUUCGGGUUCUUCUACCCGCUGUUGUCGCCCACCACGUCGACAACGUCGUCGUCGUCGUCGUCGUAGUGGACAUCACACAGCGUAUCUACAAGUAACCGUCCACUCACGACAUUUUCGAACGUUCUCGCGGCAACACGGCUUAAGUCCGAGCACUGAAGGGUCUGGAGGGCACGAAGGCGAGAAGAAAUGAGGUGGACGUGACACAAUGACAUGAUGAAGAGCCUGGUGGGGAUCAUGUGGAUAGUGUUGGUGCUCAUAUCAGGAUGCUCAGGAAAUCCAGACGCAAAGCGACUUUACGACGAUCUCCUCUCGAAUUACAACAAACUGGUACGUCCAGUGGUAAACGUCACGGAUGCCCUCACCGUCAAGAUCAAGCUCAAACUCUCGCAACUCAUCGACGUGAACUUGAAGAAUCAGAUUAUGACGACGAAUCUUUGGGUCGAACAGUCAUGGUACGAUUACAAAUUAAAAUGGGAUCCGAAGGAGUACGGUGGAGUGGAAAUGUUGCACGUGCCAUCCGAUCAUAUAUGGAGACCAGAUAUAGUUUUAUACAACAACGCCGACGGUAACUUCGAGGUAACACUAGCAACGAAGGCAACAUUAAAUUAUACAGGGAGAGUCGAGUGGAAGCCACCGGCGAUUUACAAGUCUUCCUGCGAGAUCGACGUCGAGUAUUUCCCUUUUGACGAGCAGACCUGUGUUAUGAAAUUUGGAUCGUGGACCUACGACGGCUUCCAGGUCGACCUUAGACACAUCGACGAGAUCCGUGGCAGUAACGUCGUCGACAUUGGCGUCGAUCUGUCGGAAUUUUAUACUUCCGUCGAGUGGGACAUACUCGAAGUUCCUGCUGUUAGAAACGAGAAGUUCUAUACGUGCUGCGACGAGCCCUAUCUCGAUAUCACGUUCAACAUUACGAUGAGGCGAAAGACUCUCUUUUACACGGUCAAUCUUAUAAUACCGUGUAUGGGUAUAUCGUUUCUCACGGUACUGGUCUUCUAUUUACCGAGUGACAGCGGUGAAAAGGUCAGCCUAUCCAUUUCAAUUCUACUAUCGUUGACUGUGUUCUUCCUUCUUCUGGCUGAAAUCAUCCCACCCACGUCGCUAGUUGUACCGCUUCUUGGUAAAUUCGUCCUUUUCACCAUGAUCCUUGAUACUUUCAGCAUAUGCAUCACAGUGGUAGUACUCAACGUUCACUUCCGUUCACCACAGACUCACGUGAUGGCACCGUGGGUCCGCCGUGUCUUUAUCCAUGUCUUACCAAGAUUACUCGUGAUGCGCAGGUAUAAUACGACUUCGAAGAGAACCGAUUACGAUUCCAGGCCGCAGUAUCAAAUAGAUAAACGUAGUAUAGGCGGACAACAUGGACAACGAGUGAUGGUCAGAACAUGCAAUGGUCUUGAAUUGAGAGAUCCGUCUCUAUUCGUUGAAACUUCGGCUUCGGAGUUGGUUGAAUCUUCUGUUCUCUUUCCGAGUUUAGAUUCGCAAGACGAACUGCAUCCUCGUGAAUUAGAAGCGGUAAAUUUAGGAAGUGCGUGUCGUAUUCACGGCUCGCCUGCAGCCACUGUGGCACCACCACCUCAGCUCCCAACGGAGGAAAGCGUUGAUGCUCUCUGCAACACGCUUCAUCACUGGCAUCACUGCCCAGAACUGUACAAGGCCAUUGAAGGCAUUCGUUUUAUCGCCGAGCACACGAAAAGAGAAGAGGACUCUACCAGAGUCAAAGAAGAUUGGAAAUACGUUGCGAUGGUGCUCGAUAGGCUAUUCUUGUGGAUUUUUACAUUAGCCGUGGUCGUCGGUACGGCGGGUAUAAUAUUACAAGCACCGACUUUGUACGAUGAUCGCAUUCCUAUCGACGUACGACUCUCCGAGAUCGCCUCCACCACUGCCAAGCCACACAUCGUUUCAACCCUCUGAGGGCCAAUUGCUAAUUAUCCCGUUACUCUCGCGUAUACCUAUGAACACAAAAGACAUACCCAUUGUAAACAUAACAAUGUGUCAGAAGUAACGACUGAAAGACUGAAGUCUCGGUGAGUCUUCGACUUUUAUUAACGAUUAAUUCUUUGGCUCGUACGUUCAAUCGUAUAUGUUUACACAUACGACAUAUAUGUAUGUGUACGUAUGUACGUGCGUACGUGUACGACGAGCGAAGAGGAAUAGGGGAAAAAAAAAGUAAAAUUAAAUAAAAUAAGAAAGCAAAAGUCGCGCGCGUACCAAAGCUUUCAACCCGUGACACAACGAAGAUAAAAAAGGGAGUUCGAAGGAUUGUGAGAAGAGAGCCGUGCGAUAAAAUUCUCAGAGUUUGGAAAAAUGUGAGACUUUUUCUUCUUAAUCUUUCCUUUUUUUUCUUUCUUUCUUUCAUUUUCUUUAAUUUUACAUACAAAUUUUUGAUUUUUACAUCAAAACAACUCGAAUAACUUAGGAAUAUAUUUAUACAUAGAGCCAAUAUCGUCCUCCAUUAUAUUGUAAUAUCUUCUUUGUAUGAUGUUAUCUCUGAGAAUUGUGUCAUGGGUACAGCGACGUGUGUGUGUGUGUGUAUAAGAGAGGAGAAUGUUUAGCAAAACAAGUAUUUAUUCGCCGCACCGUUCGACGCAAGCACGGCCUCUCUUUUCGGGGACCGUAAUAUGUUGCGUAUAGAAAGUCACGAUGACGUUUAAUAAAGGUAAUAAAUAAAUGAAAAAAAUAAAUAAAUAAAUAAUAUAUAUGUAUUAUAUAUAUUUAGAAUCAAGCGAUUGAAACACAUACAUACCGUAGAAAUAAUACAAAUGAGAAAAUGAGGAAGAGAGAAAGAGAGCAAGAGAGAAAGAAAGAGAGAGAGAGAGAGAGAGAGAAAGAGAAAGAGAGAGAUAAAAAGAGAUCUUAAAAGUUCAAGUAAGUUCAAUUUUAUGCCAGAUGCAUUUGAGAGAAACAAAAUCGUCGUAAUUCCUUUUUUAUUUAUUUCUUUUUUUUUUUUUUUUUCAUUUUAUCGAAUGUUUCGCCAUUGAAAAAAGUCAAUUUACAAAGGGUUGACGGAGUUAAUUGUGCUGAAAGUUCAACAAGGAUUCAAGACUGAAAGUUCAGGAACGAUAGAUUUUCGUUCAAUGCUCCUCGCUUUCCUCGCGAUCAUUGUUACUCGAUGCAGACAACAUCCGUCGCCCUAAUUUUUUUUUUAACGUCGAUAAUUAUCGUUUACAAACAGGAUUGGGUACAUAUUUUAAAUUAGUCAAUUUUAUCGAAUAAAGUUUUCGGUUCUAUAGCUAUUUUGUAAUAGUUAUACAAAAAAGAAGAAUAAUAAAAUAUACGAAUGUCUGAACGACUUAUGCAAGUGAAUUGAAAGGAAAACUCGAUUUUAUACAAUAAAUUUAUCAUUAAAAUUUAUUCGGAAUAUAUGAAAGGUAAUAUAAAAUAAUUUCGAGUUACAUCGGUUAUUAGAAAUGUUUGUGAAAAAAAAAAGAAGAAAGAAAAGAGGAAAUAAGCAAAGUAGAAAGAAAAUGAAAUGUUUAAAAUACGUGCUCAUCCUGUUUAACACUCCUGCCCCCCCCCAAAAAAAAACGUGUGGAAAUUCUUAUAAUUAUAAUACUAUAUUACCGAGACUGUCUCGUCUUGUUGUACAGAAAAGGAAAUUGUAAAAAAAUGGGACCGAAAUAUAUUUUACAUUUAUAGCUUUGGUCAUUGUCGUGGAGAUCACCGCAGUGCACCACAAUGCCUUUCAACGAUAAAAAAAAUAUUUACGCUGAGACUAUAAAUUUUGCUUGUAGAUUUAAACAAAAAUCACACGAUUUAGGACUGUCAAUAUUCAAAUUUUCGUGUUCGAUUCGCGAUAACGCGAACAUACUGAAGUGUCUAGUGUUUAUUUGUAAUAUAACAAACGCAUACACAUACACAUAUACACAUAUAUACAUACACACACAGAGAAAAUAUACAUUAUUACACACAAACAUAAAUAUACAAACGAAAAUAUAUACAUAUACAUAUAUGUAUAUCUUAUUUAUAAUACAAUUCAACGUUACUUUACAAAUAUGGGAAUGUAAAUCAUAAAGAGCUUGAUAUAUUCGGAAUUAUGGUGCCUGACAGACAAGUACGAUUGAGUUUUAAAGAAUACUUUUAUAUAUUCUGAGAAGAGAAGAUACGUGAUACGUUAUUAAAAAUUCGUUGAUCGCCCAAGUUGAACGACGCGAUGUUUCGAUUGCUUGCGUAAGUCUUUCGGAUAUAUGUAUAGAAAAAGUACAUGUAUUCGAAUAUUCCGAAUGACAAAUGAUUUUGACUUUUGGCAGGCCUAUUGUAAAUGUAAAUGGCAUGGAAUUCAACGACGCCUGUUGCAGACUCAGGAAAAUAAUCGUUUUUCCAAAUAUUUACAUCGAGCCUGUAACAUAGGGGCCAUAUUUUCACAAAGAACAAGGUGCGUGUGUCUCUCAUUAAAUUAAAUUCUAAAUAAUAAUAUCUGCAUCAUUAAGGAGCAGAAAACUGGGUGGGGCCUAAAAGAAAUUUAGCCGACUCAACUUUUAUUGACUCAUAUAUACUUAUUAUGUUAUAUAUAUAUAUAUAUAUAUAUAUAUAUAUAUAUAUAUAUAUAUAUAUAUAAUAAGAUAACUUUCAUAUUUAUAUUCGUUCUGAAAUCACACAUGAAUAACUUGUCGAUAUUUAUUAUACAUUUUAUCGGAAUGUAUGAAGACAAAAAUUGUUUCUUAUAUACAAUCAUAUUCCAAUAAUUUACUGUCUUCCCAAGGUACUAAAUUUGCAAUUUGAUUUACGAUGGUAGCCAAAUCUCCACCGUGCUGCUAUCCUUGCCAAGAAAAGUAGAGUCUGAUUGGUAUAAAAUCGUUAGUUAAAAACAGUAUAUGUGCGUGUAGUCCGCUUUGGAGAUAAAGUAAAUAAUAAUGUGCUAUUUAGCAUUUGAAUCUAUUGUAUCAUUUUUUAUAAUCUAUCGUUUAUGAGAUGAAUGAAGCUUUUAUAAACGGCAAAAGGCACAAAUAUGUUAUGCAAUAUAGUAAAUCUUAUUAAAGUAAUUCCAUUGCAUAAAAUACUGAAGAAUGUAAUUAUAGACAUACAUUUAAAAAAAUUAAAGAGCCAUUCUUUAUAACUAUUACCGGACAAUUUAAAUUAAUUAAAAGUUUUAUUUAAAAUGCAAGAUUACGAAUUAAUACAACAUAUUGAAAGGACUAGUUUCAUUUAUAUUUAACGUAUUAGCGCUGGAUUUACAUAAAUUUCGGAGAAAUUUAAUUUUUAUCAAUUAAAUAUGAGAGCGUGAAAGCAUAUGAGUGUGCAUGCAACAAAGAAAAAAAAAGGAAAAAAAAACCUUGAUUAUUAUGAACAAAAUUACAUGUUAUGGAAGUAAGUGCAGUGAUAGUUAUUUAAUGUAAGUUGCAUCUAACAAUAUACAUAAAUAUAUAUAAAUAACCAUUACUCACUCGAUAAAAUAAUAUAGCAAGAUAUUUUGUGAGUGUGUCUAUAAACUCGAUUAAACUUAUAUGAUAAACUGACGUUGUCUUGAUUUACGAGAAGAAUAUAUGUAUUUGUUUCGAUAGAGAAAGGAAUUUUAUAAAGGUGUUGUAUAUGUGAGUGUCAUCAUUUAUGAAAGCGCCUUAUUCAGCGAGUUUCGUACAAAUUUCAAGAAAAAACAUCUCCAUCAUUUCAAUCAUUUUCAAAUGUUGCAGGGAUCUAUCAGGUUACGUGUAGCGCAUGGCAGAUAUAUUUGUUCGUUAACUAUAAAUAUUGUACUUUUUCCAAUUAUAUUUUCAUUAAUAUUAAUUUUCUAUCUGCCUUCUAUAGAUUAGAAAAAAUAUAAUAAACAUUUUUACUUAGAACUUUUUCCUUGUAUUAAAUGAUACUUGACUUAACCACCUUUAUAGAAACCUUUCUUACGAGAGGACAUCGUAAUUUUAGUAAGCAAAUAAUAUUUGUUACGCGUUAAUAUAUUUUUUAGCGCAGUCUGUCUAAAAGAAAAAUAAAAAAAAAAGAAAAAAAAAGAAGAAAAACUGUCAUAAAAAAAAUUUUAUCAAAACGUUUUGAGAAAUACUCUUGUCUUGUAAAAUAUACCCACAAUCAUAAUUUGUAACAGAUCAAUUGAAUUAGAAAGUGCAAUCACUUAUUGUAAUAAACAAUCGAUAAGUUUUAAAAUCAUACCUACAUACGUUAUAUUUUAAAGUUUUAAAAUGUAUUACAUUAUUAAAAGUAUAUUAUCUUCUUACAUAUCUUCUUGAUCGUCCAUUUUGUUAUAUUGUAAAUUUCUACAUUUUUGUUGCUAGUAACAAUAAAUAAAUAAGAAAAAAAAAUCUAUUAAUCUAGGCGUACUAGAGCAGUUAGAGAAAAAGACUCUAGUUCAAAUGGCGAAAUAAGUAAUGAAAAGAAUGAGAUAAGUAGCUUCCUCUUCGAUGCGUAAGCUCAAGUGAUAUAAAUCUAACCUCUAUGUAUCUAUAAUUAUAUUUUCGUUCAAGCAAAGACUUUUUGUUUUCACGAACUAAAGUAUACUACGAACUAAGGAUAUCACUGUUUAUGUUUUAAAAUAGCUUUGAAAAAGAUAGAAAUAGUUCUAUCAGAUGCGCUGUAACGUAACCUGCUCAUGGUAUAAACACAUCAACUGUUCACUAUUACAGUAAAUACAAGUUUAUUUUCAAGCCCCAUAACAUUCCACAGUUCUUUGUGUUUGAUAAAUCGAGUCAAGCCUAUUUCUUCAUAAAUAUCAUUAUUUAUCAUUCAUAUUUAUAAUAUCUUGUUGCAACAAAAGCAAGUUCAUAUUAUAAUCUGCAUCGAAUGCAUAGAAUUGCACUAAAAAAUUGUUAUUUCUGUAGUAUAUAAAACAUGUUGAAUAGAUAAAUAUGAAAGAAUUUUUCAUUUGUGCAAACUUUUGAUGCAAUUGGAUAAGACAUUAUUAUCAGAAAAUUUAUUAAAUGUUUGACUAUCAGAUUCAUGUUACUCCUGUAAUAGCAUUUACUGGCAAUUAUUAAAUGUUUUAAAUUCAAUUCAUAAUUAACGAGACAACGUUAUAAAAUAGUAUUUUUAAAUACCUACCCUGAUAAAACAAGCCUCAUGAUUAUUUGUAACAUUAUUGGAGCAUCUAGCAAACUGCUCACUUCACUUUUAAAUAAAAUAAUGGAUAGUAACAGCAAUUGGCUAGGUGCUCCGUUUAAUUAUGAACAUAUAAACGAUGAUGAAACUUUCUACAUAACAGGUAUAUAUCAAUAAAAUUGUCGAAUAAAUUUGAUUUUUGUAAAAAAGAAAAA